AUGAUUCCAAUGGUAUUUUUCUUAUUAUUAAUUUUUCAUCGAAUUAAUGGAAAAUUUUUAUUAAAUACAGAAAAUUCAUCAAUUAUUGUUUUACGACAUAUUCGUUUAUUAACUGAUAAUGAAUAUUAUCGUAUACGUUGUCCAUAUCAUUUAAAUCAUUUAACUUUAACAUUAUUAAAUUAUUCAAAUGAAAAUUGUUUUAAUUUAUAUACAAAAUCAAUACAUGAUAAUUGUAUUAAUAAUCGAUCACCUUGUCGAUUUUAUGCUAAAUCUGUACAAAUGAAUUGUAAGGAUUAUUCAUAUUCUAAUCAUGUUGAUGUUACUUAUCAAUGUUCAUUUUUAUCUUUAACAUCAUCUAAUAAAACAUCUUUAAGCACUGAAAAACUAUCAACAUCAUCUAAUUUUGAUAUCGAUGAAUCAAUUCAUUCAACAUCUUAUCCCUCAAAUACAAUUACUUUACAUGCUCUAUCAUUUUCAUCAACAUCAUUUGAAACAGAAGAAUCUAUUGGUAUAUUUCUUAUUGGUCUUGCAACAGUUUGUAUACUUUGGUUAACUGUUUGUUGUAUGUGGUUUAUUCGUUGUGAACAUAUUAAUAAAGAAGAUGAUGGAAAAUGUGAAUUACUUUCAUUUGGACCUUAUACAAAAAAUGAUAAUCUAGAUUUUACAAUUGUAUCUGAAACAAAAUCUAUGGUUGUUGGUAAUCUAUCUGGACAUACAAGUACAGGUGGACUUGAAAAUAUUUGUGUUUAUGUCAAUCCACUCGAAAAUAAACGUAUCUCAUCAUUGAAAAUAACACAAAUCGAUUGA